GAAUGAUUAUAUAAUUCAUUUACUUAUGAUGCCUCGGAAACACAUUCCCCGUAUUCAGGACUUUGUCGUGGAAACGGUGACAAUGUAUUCCACAGAUGAUUUCAGAACACAUUUUCGACUGAACAGGACAACAUUUGAAAUUAUUUUAAAUAUUAUUGCUCCAAGUUUGACAGCAGUCCAUGAUGGGGGCAAGAAGGAAAUAACACCAGAGAAACAACUACUUCUUUUUAUUUGGUAUUUGGCCAAUCAAGAGUCCAUGCGAGAGACUGGCAACCUUUUUGGUGUGUCCCUUUCAACUGUACACAAGAUAGUUAUUAAAGUUACAAGUGCUUUGAAAGAAGGGUUCUUGAAUGUAAUUCAGUGGCUGGAUCCAGCAGCACAGAACAUAACUGCACAAUCAUUUCAGUUAGCUAGUGGCUUUCCUGGGAUCAUUGGUGUGCUCGAUGGGACUCAUAUUCGAUUAAGUUCACCAAUAGGAGGGGAUUCAGAUUAUAUAAAUUGCAAGGGAUAUCCAUCAAUUCAGUUACAGAUUGUUGUGGAUCACAACCUGAAGAUUAUAAGUGCUCAUACUGGAUGGCCUGGAUGUGCCCAUGAUGCGCGAGUUCUACGGAACAGUACACUCUUUACAAGAGGUGAAAAUGGAGCACUAGCACCACCAAAUAUGCAUAUCAUUGCAGACUCUGCAUACCCUUUAAAACAAUGGCUUAUCACACCGUUUAGAGAUAAUGGGCACCUUAGUAAUCAACAAAAACGUUUUAACUUGGGUCUCUCAUCUUGCCGACAGAUUGUUGAAAGGGCAAUUGGCCACCUCAAAGGCAGAUUUAGAAGACUGAGGGAAAUUUGUUUUCAUGACCCCGAACUGAUAUGUUCCUACAUUAUUGUGGGAUGUAUAAUGCAUAACUUAUGCAUUAUACAUGAUGACGACAUAGAGGAAUUUGUUGAUGUGCAUCAAAAUCAGCAUCCAAACCAUUACAACAACAGUUUUCAAAAUGCCUAUGGUGGUAUACAAAAACGACAGCAACUUCUAAACAUGCUGCGAUAGAGCUACAGUUCCUGUAUUCUUUACACGAAACUUAGUUCAUGAAUUAGUUGAAACAAAAGAAAAUAUCUCUGAUUGUGACAAGUUUU